UUGGCUGCUGUUUUUUUUUUGGUUUACUUAUAUUUCUAUUUGCUAGAGAAAGAUAAACAGGAAAGGGCUGCUGCUGCUAGAAAAUAUUGGGUUCAUCCCUUAACUGAUCAGCGGCUAAGGAAUGGACAAUUUCAUGUUUUAUAUGGUGAACUUCGGAACUAUCCUGAUAAAUUCUUCAAGUAUUUCAGAAUGUCGAUUGCAAGUUUUGAUGAACUUCUCAGCAUUGUAAAACCAGGACUGUGUCGUGCCCAAAGUUUGAUGAGGGGUUCAAUCUCACCAGAGGAGCGGCUGUGUGUGACACUAAGGUUUUUAGCGACUGGACAGUCAUUUGCUUCUAUGUACUUUCAAUUCCUAAUUGGUCGAAGCACUAUAAGCAUCAUUGUAAGAGAAACAUGUCAGAUUAUUUGGAUUGAGCUGCAAAGAAUUGUCCUGCCGCCCCCAAAUGAAAAUGCUUGGCGUACCAUUGCUGAAGAUUUUUACAAACACACCAAUUUUCCUAAUUGCUUGGGGGCCUUGGAUGGAAAGCACAUCAGAGUUACAAUGCCAUUCAAAAGUGGAUCAAAGUACUUUAAUUACAAAAAUACUUUUCAGUUGUCCUUCUGGCUAGUGUUGAUGCCAAUUAUUGCUUCACUAUCAUUGAUGUGGGAUCCUAUGGAAGCACUGGUGAUGCCAGUGCUUUCCGGCAUUCGGCAUUGGGACGCAGAUUAUCAGAAGGGUCACUUGGUAUACCUCUUCCUAGACCAUUGCCUGGGACCACGGCACCUUCCUUGCCUUAUGUUUUUGUGGGAGAUGAAGCCUUUGGUCUCACAGAAAAUAUAAUGCGGCCUUACCCAGGGUCACAAAGGGCAAUAGAGAAACGUGUUUUUAAUUACCGUUUAUCAAGAGCACGACGUAUGGUAGAGUGUGCUUUCGGCAUUCUCUCAAACAAAUGGCGUGUGUUCCAUACAAGUAUACAAUUGGAACCCCAGUUUGUGGACAUUAUAAUAAAAGCAUGUUGUGUCCUACACAAUUUUGUUCGCCUUAGGGAUGGCUAUCACUUUCAAGACACCCUGACUGAUGAUAUCC